AUGGCCCUCAACACACCGAAGCGCCUAAAAACGACGGUACCGCACCACAAUUAUCUGUGCACCCCGCCGCCGCCACAGUCGGUUGGCUUGGGCAUCGGAUCGCCACCGGUGCAGGCGGAUUCGCAAACCAACGGAGCUUACGACGGAGCGCUGAUGGUGCCGUCAACGACGGCGGUUGGCCAGCAGCAUCAGCAGCACCAGUGGAGCAGCUCGAGCUGGUUAAGCGAAACCACGAGCCCGUCGUCGAGCUGCGGUUCACCGGAUGGGCUGCUGAAUCGCAGCUUUGGUGGCAACACCAGCAUCGGAACGCCCAGAACUUGGAGCUCGUCGGGCGGAUCGGCCGAGAAGUCGGAAAACAAGCGCGGCCGCCCGCGCUCCGAGGCACUGACGACGCUGAUGGUCGAGGGCUCCAGUUCGCCAUCGGCAAUUAAAUGCCGCUUCUGUAAUCGGGUGUUUCCGAGGGAGAAGUCUCUACAGGCCCACCUUCGGACCCACACAGGAGAACGUCCUUACCAGUGCGACUACCCGGGCUGCACACGAGCCUUCACGCAGAGUGGUCAGUUGAAGACGCACCAACGGCUUCACACCGGCGAACGACCCUUUAUCUGUGCUCGGACCGACUGCCAGAUGCGAUUCACCCAUGCAAACCGCCACUGUCCGGACCAUCCGUACGAAACACUGAGGCGGUGCGAUGAUUUCUUCAUUCAGACUUUGCCGGAGCAGAGUGGAGAUGUGCUGAGAUGGUUAGAAAAGUAUCGCGCCGAACGGGAAGAUCGGACACCAACCAGGAAGACACCAAAGCGGGGUAAUGGUGCUGAAAAUGGCAGCGCCGAAGGAUCGGUGCACCACCUGCAGAACGAGAAUGAAAAUCGUCGACCGGCAUCGAUGCAACGGCCACCCGACAAUGAUGAGAACUAUCACGAGCCUUACGGUGCGGCGGUCGGUGGUGGAGCCGGUGGCGGUGCUGCAGGAACGGGCGCAGUAGGUGGAGCCGUAGGGCUAGGAUUUGGAACGGAUCGGAACGGCUUGCUGUUGCAAUCUCCGAUCACACCGAACAAUACGUACAAAUCGAGUCGCAAAGGGUUGAUGUGCGAACUCGACAUGAACGCGGGCCUCGGUUUGUCCAGCAGUCCGGUAACGACGAAAGCGAAGACCACACUGCCGAAGCUGAUCCAGUGGCAGGAGCCGAUCCAGGGCCAGGAGGAAGACGAAUCGGGCGACGAAGCGUGUGCCCCGCUGGCGCAAUCCAAUUUCAAUCCGAAGAAGAAGUGGCUGCGUGAGGCAGGAUGGCAGGACGAUCUGGCGAAACCGCUCGAACCGAGCGUGAUCUCGCAGAAAGCGUUCGCUUCCACGACCUCCACGAUGGCGCUGAAGCAACAGCUCCACCAGGAGAGCAGCAAAGCAGCUUCGCCGUUGAAAAAAUUCGCCGGACAGCAGCCCACUUCCGGGCGGCAGCCCCUGCCACGAUCCAGCAUGGGUAGCAGUGUCAACGGUUUGCCGGUACCGGGGAUCGCUUCGCUAACACCGAUCGAUCCAAAUCAGAUGCGACCGACGGUGCUGAUGGUGGCGAGCAAGGACUGUGCCCGACCACUGUGCGAUCAACCGGCCGCACUGCUGACAAACGGCCACCAACAACGGGUCAGUGGUUCCCCCAAACCGGAAGAAAACAAUCGCAAGCUGCAAGGGGCACUGGCACUGAUGGCAUUGGCCACCGAAGAUGCCCACCAGUUGGGCACAUCACUCCCGGAAGACGAUCUGCUUACCGGUGACACCAUGCGUUAUGCUUAUGCCAUCUCUACCCAAGCUGCUGGUGGCCAUGGGGUGCAGUUCAAUACGGAUCCGGUAGCAAAUGGACACCACGAGGAAUGCUUUCCUUAG